AUGUCUCCGAUAAAGGACUUCACUUUUUCAUAUGAAGCUCUCAACCCAGAGAUCUUCUUCUCUGAGGGCGACACCAUCACAGGCACAGUGAAUGUGACUUUGACUAAAGACACCAAGGUCAAGAGCCUCUCCCUCAAAGCCAAAGGGGGCGCGUGCGUCCGCUGGAUAGAGGGAGACGGAGAGAGUGUGGAAAUUCAUCGCGCGACCAAGAGAUAUCUCGAAGUGAAACGAUAUCUGGUCUCAGAAACUUCCAAAGACACUGUACUUCCCCGAGGAGUCAAUCACUUGGAGUUCAGCCUUACAAUCCCCCUGGGGGAUCUGCCAUCAUCGUUCAAGGGGCGUUAUGGAAAGAUUGUUUACAAGCUCGAGGCUAAGCUGUCCAGGUCCUGGCACUGGCCUUUAAGACUAAAAUGCGAGAUCAACGUUUUUUCAAAGUCGCUCCAACACCUUGACCAAGUCUCAAUGUACGGUUCAGUGAACACAGACGUGGGUUUUUUUUCGAGGAGAACGGUCAAAAUGCUUGCAAUCGUCGACAGACUGAUUAACUCUCCAGGUGACACUGUGUCAGUUUCUGUCGAUAUCCACAACCCCUCUUCCAAACGAUUGAAGCCCAAAGUAAUUUUACAGCAGAACACAGAGUACAGCACCAAAUUCUCCACUAAAACUUGUGUCACAAAUCUGUGCAAAAUUAUUGGGAAAAAAAUCAAUAAGAAAUCACAAGAAAUGGUCACCUACCAGUUGAAGAUUCCUGAUGAUGCCAUCUACACCCUCGCGAACUGUAAGCUUGUCUCAGUUCGAUAUUACCUCAAGGUGUAUUUGGACAUCAGCUUUGCUAAAGACCCAGAGGUAGAGUUUCCACUGGUCAUCGUUCCCUCUUCCGUGUGUAACGCAGUGCUUGAAGAGGCUGUGGAGACGAACCACGCUGGUGCCUCCGGGGGCCCGAGCUAA